AUGUCAACCAAUUUAAAACUGAAUAAAAAGAAAAAUGUUCAACAAGCGCUAGAGUCAUUAAUUCAUGUCCAUGAAGUUGAUCCAAAGCUUGUAAACGAUAAAAAUGUGCAUGUACAAAUAACAAUGGGUAAAAAAAUGGGAAUAACUAAAGAUUAUGUUCCAAGGAUCAUUCCACUUUCUUCGAAGAUGACGACGCCAAGUCAACUGAAUAUAUUACUUGUCACAAAAGAUCCAUCACAAUUUUACAAAGAAACAUUGUCUAAUGAUGCAAAUACAUCAGAAAUGUUUAAAGAGAUUAUCAGUGUCAAAAAUCUAAAAAAGAGAUUCAGAGGUGCUAAGUUAAAUCAAUUGUAUAAAGAUUUUGAUUUGAUUGUAGCUGAUUUUAGAGUACAUCAUUUAUUACCAGCUAUUUUGGGUAAUAAAUUUUAUAAUAGUAAUAAGAAACUUCCUUUUGUCGUGAAAUUAUCAAGAGCAGAGAAGUUAAGAUUCCAAAAACAAAAAGAAGAGUGUGAUCCUAAAUAUGUAAGAGCACAAAUAAGAAGUAUAUGUAAGAAUACUUCUUAUGUUCCAAAUAAUGAUAACUUAGUCAGUGUAAAAAUUGGCAUCUUUGGUAAACAUACUGUCGAAGAAAUGAUGGAAAAUAUUAAUGAUGUGGUUACAUUCUUAUCUGAUAAAUCAAAAAAGCCACAAGGUGGUGUUAUCAAAGGAGGUGUAUCAUCCGUUUUUGUCAAAUCAAGCAAUAGUGCUAGUUUACCAAUAUAUGAAAGGCCUCAAGAAAUAGAGUCUAAAAAACAAUUACCCUUGCUAUAA